AUGGCGGGCCCGUGGCGGGGGCUCCGGAGGGCGCGGGGCUGGGCGGCCCUGGCGGGGCUGCGGGCGAGAACGGACAAGUUCGGGGGUGUGAGCGUGGACCUGGGCGAGCUGCGCGGCUCCCCGCGGCUGGAGCGGGCCGCCUUCGGGCGGUGGCUGCGGGAGUCCGUGUCUCAGUGGCGGGAUGAAGGCCGCAUUGCUGUCUGGCUCCGUGUCCCCAUCCUCCAGAGCAGCCUUGUGGCAGUGGCUGCUUCCCAAGGCUUUGCUUUCCACCACGCUGAGCAGGGCUCGUCCACCCUGACGCUGUGGCUGGGAGAGGGGCCCAGCAGGCUGCCAGGGUUUGCCACACACCAGCUGGGGGUUGCAGGUGCUGUUCUAGAUGAAAGCACUGGAAAGGUGUUAGUUGUACAAGACAGAAAUAAGACUAUAAACGCAUGGAAGUUUCCAGGAGGUCUGUCUAAUCCAGGAGAAGACAUUGGAGACACAGCAGUUCGAGAGGUUUUUGAAGAGACUGGCAUCAAGUCAGAGUUCAAGUCCAUCCUAAGCAUCAGGCAGCAGCACAAGCACCCCGGAGCCUUCGGGAAGUCAGACAUGUACAUCAUCUGCCGCAUGGAGCCCACCUCCUUCCGCAUCAGCUUCUGCCAGCACGAGUGCCUCCGCUGCGAGUGGAUGGACCUGGAGCAGCUGGCCAGGACAGAAAACACCACACCCAUCACCAGCAACGUGGCCAAGCUCUUACUGUUCGGGUACCGGGAAGGGUUUGAUAGGAUUGACAUAACCAUGAGGGAGUUCCCAGCUGUCUACACAGGCCUGUUCUACAAGCUCUACCACAGGGAGCUGCCCGAGCCCUACAGAAACAUGACAUGAUAGCAAUACAUUUCACAUUUCUCUAUAGUAAUAAUUUAGAAUUAUUGCAAUGUUGAAUAUUAUAGUUAUCUGUGGACUUAUUUUUAGGUAAUUAUUAGAACAUAAUUAUUCUCUAAUAAGCUAAGAUAUAAAUUAUUUUUAAAGGUAA